AGUGUUAAUGUUGAAGAUAUUGCAGACUUUCAGGGAAAGUAAACCUUGAAACAAUCAUGAGCAUCGGAACAACACUACUUUCAACACCACCACAUUACUGUUUCCACUCCAACACUCAAACCACAUUCCUCAGCACCGUUACUCCAAUUCAAAACCUCUCUAUCCGCAAUAACAAUUUCAGAGUCCUCUGUUUCUCUUCGGACCCGUCGCAGUUGCCGCCGGUGGUGGUGGUGGGGUCCGCCAACGCCGACAUCUACGUCGAGGUAGACCGGCUCCCGGGCGAGGGCGAGACCCUGGCGGCGAGGUCCGGGCAGACGAUUGCCGGCGGCAAGGGCGCCAACCAGGCCACGUGCUCCGCCAAGCUCGCGUACCCGACCUACUUCGUCGGGCAGGUCGGGGACGACGCUUACGGGAGACUCGUCACGGCGGGCCUCCGCGGUGGCGGGGUUCGCCUCGAUAAUCUCGCCGUGGUGGCUUCGGCGGCAACGGGUCAUGCAGUUGUGAUGCUCCAGUCCAACGGCCAGAACUCCAUCGUCUACAUUGGGGGUGCCAACUUGAGCUGCUGGCCUAGUUCCCUGCCACGUCAGCAUUUGGACCUCGUUGCCCAAGCUGGCAUCGUUUUGCUGCAGAGGGAGAUUCCUGAUGCUGUCAAUGCUCAAGUCGCACAGGCUGCGAAAAAUGCUGGGGUGCCAGUAGUGUUGGAUGCUGGAGGCAUGGAUGGGCCACUUCCGCCACAGUUAAUAAAUUUUGUUGAUAUUUUGAGUCCUAAUGAAACUGAACUUGCACGCCUUACGGGAAUGCCAACAGAAAGUUUUGAAGAGAUUCAACAGGCUGCUUUGAAAUGCCAUGAAAUGGGAGCUAAGCAAGUUCUUGUGAAACUUGGACACAAAGGAUCUGCCCUUUUUGUAGAAGGAGAAAAAACAAUUCAGCAGCCUGCCAUACUUGCUAAAACAGUUGUUGAUACAACUGGUGCUGGUGAUACUUUUACUGCUGCUUUUGCCGUGGCCUUGGUUGAGGGCAAGUCCAAAAAGGAAUGCCUCAGAUUUGCCGCUGCUGCAGCUUGUCUCUGUGUUCAAGUGAAGGGAGCCUCUCCCAGCAUGCCUGAUAGGAAAUCUGUUUUGGAUCUUCUUAAUUGUCAAUGAUAAUACUCGCAAAAGGUCACAAUUCGAACUAUCAGGAAUAGAAUAACUGUGUAUGGCAGAGGGAAAGACCCUUGAAAAUGGCAGCAAGGAAAGCAAAAAUCCUUUUACAGAGUAUAUCUGCAAGAUGGAUUCUUCAACAUAAUAGUUUGUUGUCAUUGUAAUAAGAUUAGGCCAAACACUUUACCGUUUGGUAAUGGAAGGAAAAUGAAAAGAAAAAUGUUUUAUAUGACCUUGUAUGGUUUAAGAGAAAAAGCAAUAAUAGAAAGUAAGGAACUUCCUUCCU